CGGCUCGUUGUUUACAUCUUCUAGGACAGAGCAGUGUGUUGGGAAAUAACCUUCAGGGAUUCAGUUUCAUCAAUCACAUGUCGCAGACUUUUAAACACACGCUAACCUCCUGAAACAGCAGAGAGACUUUUACUGAUUUAACUCCGGUUUAUUCUCGGGUGAACCGAUCGAUCGUGAGAGAAUGUUGGAGCUCGGGAGUCGACUGGUCCACAUGUACCUCUCAUCUGGACCUGGAAAACCCAGCGGCUGUGGAAAGAACCUGUCCUCUUCUCCUAGUGGUGCAGAGCUGGAAAACAUCAAGGAGGAGAAGAUUCCUACCUUACAAGACUUUAUAGAACACGUGCGGAGGCUCAGUGGGCUGAAGAAAGAAGAUCUGUUCUGUAACCUGCGCAUCCCAAAUCAGUUUCAGACAUCACGACAGGAGAUCAACCUCAUCAUCCUCACAGGCGCUGGUGUGUACUGUAUCGACGUGAAGCCCUGGAGGGGUGUGGUCUCAGCUCCCGCCCCCAACACAUGGCACAUCCAGGUGAAAGAGGAGGAGCAGAACUUCACCAACACGUCCAUCCAGCAGAUCCCUGACCCUCUGCAGUCCAUCACGACAAAAACCAAGGACCUGUGCAGCCACAUGCAGCGGUGUGGCGUGAACAUCAAGCCCACGCUCUUUUUACCCAGAAUCCUCUUCCUCUCACCUCACUGUCACCUGGAUGAAGAGCUGAGGAAGAGGAAGGAGCUGGUCUCUUAUGAAGACAUGGAGAUGUUUCUGCGCUCACUCAGGGAGGGCUACGUCACCUGGAUCACAGACGCCAUGACACCUUCUUGGAUCUCAGGUCACCUGUCAUUCAGGCAGUUGGGGGCGGUGCAAAGCGUGCUGGGACGACUGGGGACGUGGGACGUGGUGCAGCUGAGCAGCGGCGCCGAGCUGAAGGGAGACUUUCAGGGUUGCCAGCACCUCGCGCUGGACAGACAGGAAACAGACGUGCUGGAGUUCAGCAGGGGGUGGAGCCUAAGUACGGACACACUGUGGGCUCUGCUGGGACACAAACCACAGGUGACGGUGAGGAUGUACAAGCGUGGAGCUCACAGCUGGUUGGGAAAACCUCUGAGCGGGACGACCACCAUCCCGUCCAACACACACAUCAUGUUCCGCAUCAGCGGCGAUGACGAAGACGCCAAGAUCCCGGCUAACAACAUCAACUCCAUCACACUUAGCAUCUAAAGGGAGAGGGAGAGCCUUAAGCCUGACUCAACACCACCGUAACCCUGACUAAACACUGCCUUAAUUCUGACAUUACACUGCCUUAAGCCUGACUCAACACCACCUUAAGCCUGACUAAACACUGCCUUAACUCUGACAUUACACUGCCUUAAGCCUGACUCAACACCACCUUAAGCCUGACUAAACACUGCCUUAACUCUGACACUACACUGCCUUAAGCCUGACUCAACACCACCUUAAGCCUGACUAAACACUGCCUUAACUCUGACACUACACUGCCUUAACACUUUCUUAACCCUGAUUUAACACCACCUUAACCCUGUCGUAACACUGCCUUAAGACUGCCUUAACCCUGACUUAAUCCUUCUAUAACAUGCAAUAUAUACAUUGCCUUACCUUACCAGACUAAACCCAGUGAUCAAUCAUUUUGUUUCCAUCCAGUAAACUGAAUAAUCCCUUUCUCCCACAAUCAGCCUUCUUCAGAAGAACAGUCUUUGUGUUAAAGUAUUGGCACCCUCCUGCCAUCUUUCUUGUGUCUCAUGUUCAGUAGUUUCUGACGUAAACACACUUUAAAGGUGAAAAUGUUAAAUCUUAACUUUAUUAUCCCUGUGUUGAUGAUGAUGAUGAAGACAGUUCUUCUGUAGCAUCAUGCUAAAGAACCGUAAACUCAUAGGCUUUAUUUAUUCUUGUUUACCCCACAGUGCGUACGAAACCUGUCUAAAUCUCAGUUUUUUUGUCUUUUCGAGGCGGGUUUUGGAGAGCGGCGGCGUUUUCGGCUCGUUUAACAGAUACCCGGUUUGUGACGGCUGUAAUUGCUCACUCAACAAAACAGCGGCUGCUCAUCUUGACACGUUUUUCAACACCGAAUCCAUUUGUGACCUCGGCAUUGUUAAAGCUCUCCGAGAGCAGCGGCUGGAGCACAAGCUACGUAAACUGCGCUAAACUCCACUCGUGACACAAACCGCACUCCUUCACCCAGGCACAAUGGGAAUCGCUGGCGUUUUAUGGAAAUGGCGAAGGUUUGGCUAAUUAUCGCGGCUCAUUUUCUCUUGUUUUGGAUGACGAGACUAGUGUCAGCCCAUGCUUUGAAGCGGCAAAUUAAUUAGUGAUUGUGUCGCUGAACUCUUUCAAGGAGCGAGCGCUAAUGCUAAUUUGAUGCAGGUGUGGAACUAGGGGCUGAUUGAUGCCGAGCGAACAGUGUUGAGCUGUAGAAGGCUCUAGAAGGCUUUUUUCUAUAAAGUUUACAGUUAGUAAACUUUCUUUCUUUCUUUCUUUCUUUUUUGUUCAAUUCCUUCGUUUAUCCCUAUGAUUGUUCCAUUCUACAGCAUUGAUUCUUCACACUGUUUAGCAUCCGUGCUAUGCUAUGCUAGCUUUCAUCACCAGGUUAGUACAGACGGAGAUUGGCUGAAGAGAAAUUGGUGUCAGUGCUAAUGACUAACAUGCGCCAUUGUUCUGGUGUGUUAUGUUAGCAUGACAUGACGUAUUGUUUAUUUUUAGAAAAAUGGUUUGUUUUUCUUUUCUCAUGUUUUUUUUCUUGUGCCUCAUUUGCUAGACUGUGCCCUUAUUUAAGCGUUAUUGCUAACAUCUAGUGGUCUCAUUUUGUGCAACUUAGUUUCCUGUCAGCACUAACAGCUAUGUAAUGCUAGCUAGCUUAUUUUUCCAGAGAAAUAAUCGACAUUAUUUGUCGACUCAUUCAGAUGAUUUUUUCACUCAGUGCAUUGUCCUUCUUUCUUACCACCAGCGCUAACAGCUAGCAGUCCCAUUUAGCGUCUCUGGUAUUGGCUUUAAUGGAGUUGUUAUAGAUGUAGCGCGAGUGCCUUAAGCUAACACACAGAUUCGGAUCUUUGUGAAUGGCGGCUCUCGAGGCUCAAACCGCAUUAUGUUGCACUCAAGUUUCACAAAUGGCAGUUUAUGAAUUUACCCUGGAGGGCAUUUCGUGUGCGUGUGAGCUCUGAGGUUCGAGGUGGAGCGGCCAUGUUAUCGGUGAAAAGCAUCGCAUAGCCACGAGCCCACGGAAGCCUGACGCUUUCUUUAGCGAGGUAUGAGUGCAGGAGAAGCGCUAACGUUUUCAUCUUUAAUGUAUAGAACACAAUACCUCAACUAAUUCAACAUUAUUUUCACUUUAAUAGGAACAUGAGCUAUGGUGGAAACAUGGUGAGAGUUUUAUAAUCUCAUCUUCUAUAGCUUAUUAUAUAUGAAUUUUAUAGAUAUAUAAUAAUCUGAAAAUCAUUAGCAUUUAAAAAUUAUAUAUAUAUAUAAUGUAUAUAUGUUUCAAUUAGAAAGUGUGUUUACUCCAAAAAAGAUGUAAAAGUCUGACUCCAUGAACCCCGCUUAGUGUAUUCAAGAACAGUCCAUAAUGAAGAGCCAAUCAGAUUUGAGAAUUCGAGAACAGUUGAUAAUGAAGAGCCAAUCAGAUUUGAGAAUUCGAGAACAGUCCAUAAUAAAGAGCCAAUCAGAUUUGAGAAUUCUAGAACAGUCCAUAAUGAAGAGCCAAUCAGAUUUGAGAAUUCUAGAACAGUCCAUAAUGAAGAGCCAAUCAGAUUUGAGAAUUCUAGAACAGUCCAUAAUGAAGAGCCAAUCAGAUUUGAGAAUUUGAGAAUAGUCCAUAAUGAUCAGAUUUGAGAACAGUGCAGUUUAUAAAACUAGCAAACUUUUAUAUUCAUGUUGUGUUAUUAUGUUUAAAGCAUAAUAAAAUCAACCCAACAUUUCCAUACGAGGCGUUUCAGGUGCUCAGGAGUUAUGAUGUCAUCACAUUUUCCGGGUCAUAUUUCUGUAUACUUGUGUUAUUAAACCAGAUUCUUAUUUGUAUUCGAACAGUAUUUAAAUAUCGAAUCUUGUUGCAUUAUGGAUUUCAACCAAUAAGCAGCAAAUACAGCCGCUAGCCCCGCCCACCAAGAUCCACUGUUCUCCUGUGGUGCUGAAUAAAAGUGAUGAAAAAAUCUUUUCUAAUUAGUGAAGAAAUUUGAAAAAUAUCAUGAGAUAUGUGUAUUGUGACUAGAAUUUGUGUUUAUUAUUAUUAUUAUUUUUAUACCUGAUGAAGUGGACUUUCGGGCCUCAGUGUGGUUUUUCAUUAUUUAAAGAGAUCAUGUGGAUAUGAUAUUUUUCACAAUAUAUUGGUACUAUGCAUGACGAUGAGAUUUUCAGGGAAAACACUGGACGUAAAAAUGACCUAGCUUUAAACGAUGUGAGUUUACACAGCUUUCAAAUCUCAACAGAGUUAAAACCUCAAAGAACUGUGUUCUCUAUUUAAACUGAAUUAUUCACCACUUUACUGUUUACUCCUGCGCUAAACCUGCGUGAUUUACUGUUUACUGUAUUUUUACACUAAAUAUUACUGAAGUUUAUUUAAUGCUUAUUUGUGUGACUUUUUAAUAAAUGACAACAAAAUGGCAGCAUGCUGUUAGGAAAUGUGUGUGUGGAAAUAAAAUGUCUAAAAAAAUAAUAAUAAUAAAGAUUGUU